AUGCGCCUCUGUCUCUUCCUGUGCCUGGUGCUCCUCGGACCGCGGAUGGCCACCCUCCGGCGCCCCCAAAAGAAGAAAAUCCAGGAGGUGCCGCCGGCGGCUACCACGGCAUCCCCGGGCAGCAGGGACUUUGUAUUCGACCUCUACAGGACCUUGGCUGCAGCCGCCCCCGAUCAGAACAUCUUUUUCUCCCCUCUGAGCAUCUCCCUGAGCCUGGCCAUGCUCUCCCUGGGAGCUCGUUCCAACACGAAGAUGCAGAUCCUGGAAGGCCUGGGCAUUGGCCCGGGGGCAGGCUCGGAGGAGGAGCUCCACGGCGCCUCUCAGAGGCUGCUGCGCGAGCUCCAGCAACCCCGAGACAGCCUCCAGCUGAGCCUGGGCAACGCCCUGUUCACCAAGCCCACGUUGCCCAUCCAGGAGGCCUUCCUGGGUGCCAUGAGGACUCUGUACCUGGCAGACACUUUCCCCACGGACUUUGAGAACCCUGAAGGGGCCAAGAAGAAGAUCAACGAUUACGUGGAAAAGCAAACGAAAGGCAAGAUUGUGGACUUGAUUAAGAGCCUGGAUGGCACCCAGGUCAUGGUCAUGGUGAAUUACAUUUUCUUUAAAGCUAAGUGGGAGACAAGCUUCAACCUCAAAAGCACCCACGAGCAGGACUUCUACGUGACCCCGGAGACGGUGGUGCGGGUCCCCAUGAUGAAACAACAGGACCAGUUUUACUACCUCUUGGACCGAAACCUCUCCUGCAAGGUGGUGGGGGUCCCCUACCAAGAGAACGCCACUGCCUUCUUCAUUCUCCCCCGCGAGGGGGAAAUGGAGCAGGUGGAAAAUGGCCUGAAGGAAAAAACACUGAAGAAGUGGCUCAGGAUGCCCAUGAAGAGGCGGCUUGAGCUUUAUCUUCCCAAGUUCUCUAUCGAGGGCUCCUAUCAGCUGGAGGAAGUCCUCCCCAAGCUGGGGAUCAGAGACGUCUUCACCUCCAAUGCCGACCUGACCGGCAUCUCCAACCACUCCAGCAUCUGGCUGUCUGAGAUGGUGCACAAAGCCGUGGUGGAGGUGGAUGAGUCUGGAACCCAAGCGGCUGCAGCCACAGGGACAGUCAUCACGUUCAAAUCUGCCCGAUUGGGCUCUCAAAGAAUAGUCUUCAACAGGCCCUUUCUGAUGCUUAUUGUGGAGAACAGCAAACACAUUCUUUUCUUCGGCAAAGUGACUCGCCCUUGA